GUAUUUGUUUGAGGUGGCCGUCGUGGACUUGACAGCACACCGUGCUACACUUUCACCGAAAUAAUAAUUAUUUUUAGAAAUUAGUAAUCUAUUUAUUUGAAUCUUCUUAGAGAGGCGGAAGAAGUACAUAUUGACAACGUAAAUUAUGGCGGCGCCCAAAGUAACCUUCAAGAUUACCCUGACGUCAGAUCCUAAACUCCCUUUUAAAGUAAAAUAAAAAUGGAGUGCCUGUUCGACGGGUGUGAUAAUUUCGUGCGGUACUUGAACAACAAGAAGUGGAUCGAAGAGAGCGACGACCCGGAUGGGGCCAUCAGGAAAUCUUUCCACUGGGCGAGCUUCACCGAGGCCAUGUACUCAAGACUCGAGGCCGAGGACAAAGUGGACGAGUUCGCCGUCAAGUACAGCGCCUGGCGAGAAGCCAUGUCUCUUCCGAAGCUGAAGUACGCCGGGUUCAAAAGCGCGUGCGACGAGCUCCUCAACACCAUCCUCGUAGACAACAUGAGCGACCGGCACGUUGUCCAAACCGCCCUGGACGCGUACCUGGAGCAGUGCGGCGAAGAAAGGACGGGCAAGUUCCUGACACGCUUCUCGGCCGAGUGCCUGCUCCUGAAGCUCUUCACCAACUUCAUCGUCGUUGACGGCAACUACGAGGACGCCGAGACGCAGGGUCGGUUGUGCAAGGCCGUCUGGUACGACGCCAUCCUCAGGAUGCUGCCGCAGGAGGCCACGAGUGGCGAGGACAGAUGGAAGGAGCACAUUUCACAGCUGAUGCGCAGUAGCAAGGGUGUUGAGACGCUCAUCUUCCUCUCCAUCAUGAGGGACGAAAAUAUUGCCAAGGUCAGCUCGCUGGUCAUCGACAGGUUCCAUCUGAAUUUGGCCUGCGACACUGUGCCGGUUGAGGGAGCCGUGGCCACGUUUUGGCAGAACUUCGUCCGUUGUGAUAAGACGCUUUUGUUGUUGAUGUUUCAAAACCAUAGUGACUUUUUCGAAGAGUUUUUCGAGUUUUUUCUCAAGUUCGCCAAUGAAUUCCGAUUCGAUGAUGCGCAACAGUCAUGGACUGCUGAUAAUUGGCUCGAGUUUGCUGACGUUGUGACAUUAAUUCAGGCUCUAACCACGUGUGACGAUCAGAAUCUGAGCAAUUAUUGUGCGCACAUUAUCAACAGCAUGGAUGGCAAUCCUUUUUGGCAAGCUGUGAAAAGCCAAAUAAAUAACCAAUGAAAUGAAAAUACAUUUUUUCUGCUCCUUGAAUUGAAGGGUGAAAUUAAGACAGGUUAGAAGUUGAGGAGAGGUGCGUCUCUUUAAGCUGAAGACUGAGCGUGCCAGAAAACACACCAUUCACAGCUGUCAUCAAGUUUGCAGCUGAAGAAUUUAAAGUUCCCCCGGCAACCUCGGCAAUUCUCACUGACGAUGGAAUUGGAUUGAAUCCCCAACAAACUGCAGGUAA